AGAUUCAAAGCAUUCACGUAUUUCAUUCUGCAGCCACACACAGACACAUAAGCGCAGUGCGUUUGGGACUAUGGCUUCCACCACGUCGGGAGACGUUCUGCCCACCGGCGGCAGGAUUUUCACCAGCAUCCCCGACUUGUUUUUCAUCCCAGAGUUUGUGUUUGGCACUCUGGUGUGGAUCCUGGUGGCGUCCACCCGCGUGUUCCCGGACCACCCUCUAGGCUGGGUCAUGUUCGUGUCCGUCUUCUGCUGCGUCUUCACCACGCUCUUGUUCUUCCUCUACCUGUGCGGAGCCAAUCAGAGCAGCAUUUGCCCCGCCGUGGAUAUGUGCUACCAUUUCUUGGCGGCGGUGUUCUACCUGAGCGCGUCGGUGAUCCUGGCCUACAUCACCGUGCUCAAGGGCUGGGGCGUCACCGUCAACUCCGGGGGCACCCUGUCCAUUGUGCCCCUCGUCGGCGAAGGCCUCAAGAUCUACAGGCUGGACAUAGCCGCCGUGGUGAUGUCACACGUGUCCACGCUCCUCUACUUCCUGCACGCCAUCUUCUCCACCAUCCGAUGGAAAAGACACACUCGCGAGACUAAGAAGAUCGGCUCCAAAAAAAAAAAAAAAAAAAAAAAAAAAAAAGGGGGUGUGUGUGGAGAUGUGGAAAACACCAACAAUACCAGAACAGGUUUGGCAACUCAAUUAGCCUCACUGGCAUUUGCACCUGCUCGCCGCUCCUCUAGUCCCCGCCGACCAGCACAAAGAAACGCGACCGGCUAUUCUGGGAUGGCGGCGACCGCCACUCGGUCCGUGGGAGGUCUGCCCAGCGGACUGGCAACAUGCAUGACGCCGCCGGAUAUGUUCUACCUGCCCGAACUGGUGAUGGGCGGUCUGGUGUGGAUCCUGGUGGCGUCCACCCACGUGCAGCCCGCCAACCCUCUGGGCUGGGUCAUGUUCGUGUCCGUCUUCUGCUUCGUCACGACCCUCGUGUGGGCGCUCGUCUUCGUGGCCGGAUGCCACAAGAACGCCCCGGCGUGGGUCGCGGCUGAUUUUGUCUAUCACGCUUUGGCCGCGUUGUUCUACCUCAGCGCCGGAGUCAAUUUAGCCUUCAUCACCUUUGUUAUGAAAUCAGCAGACUUCAGAAUGUACCAGAUUGACGUCGCCGCUGUGGUGUUUGCCUUCACGGCCACGCUGCUCUACUUCAUCCACGCCGUGCUGUCGUCGAUGCGGUGGAAAAACUUUUGAAAAGACAACAAUCAUCUCAUCGAUCAACAGUUCAAUGACCUUAAAGUUAGCAUUUCAUAGCUAGCCGGCGAUAGCAUUUUUCGGGCUUCUUCUCGAUUGCUUUUAGAUUGUGGACAAAUAAAACGAAACAUUUC